CGCACCUGAUACCGGGACCUUGGUAACCGGACGCCUCUACCUAUUUACCGUGCUGCACCACAGUGACUAGUGAUGGGGUGUGAGAGCUUCAGAGGCAGGGGACUUUAGGACGACGUAGCGGUGGCAGAAUCAACAGGACUAGUCUUACCUCUACCUUCAAAUUAGUUUCUACUUGUUAUUGGGACUUGAAUUGUUACUGAAUAUCCCCUGGAAAGCACUUUGUGCUGACAUCUACCAUAACCAUCGAACUCAGCACUGCAGUGGGAGCUAACAAAGCCAAAGGAAGAUCUAAUACAAAAGGAGAUUACCAAUUUCUGUCUGUUUUUGUCUCCUACUGAUACAUUUGUACCACAUCACAAGUAGGGUACAAGAAGAUGCCCGUUCAGAUACCAGACGAUACAGACUUUACCUCCUUCAAGGAACAAUGUGAAAACCAGGAAGGAUGGACAGCGCGCUACAACAAGGGAAACGUGACGGUGUGGUGCAGGGAUGAAGAGUGUAAAACUAUCCAGAAACUAAAGAUGAGGAUAGCGUGUAAGGACGUGACUGCUGAGACCCUUUACGACGUCCUUCAUGACACCAGCUACCGGAAGAACUGGGACAGCAACAUGAUCGACACCCAUGAUAUCGGCAGACUUACUGUCAACACAGACGUAGGAUAUUACUCCUGGAAGUGCCCGAGCCCCCUGAAGAACAGGGACUUUAUCACCAUGAGAUCAUGGCUUCCUCUGGGCAACGACUACCUGAUCAUCAACUACUCUGUCAAACACCCGCAAUAUCCACCCAGAAAGGACUGUGUGAGAGCGGUGUCUCUGCUGACAGGCUACCUGAUUCAGUCCAACGGAGCAAACUCCUCCACUCUCUAUUACCUAACGCAGGUCGAUCCCAAAGGUUCGCUUCCCAAGUGGGUGGUGAACAGAGCGUCUCAGUUCGUAGCACCAAAGGCCAUGAAGAAGAUCUACAAGGCCUGUCAAAAGUAUCCAGAGUGGAAGAGGAAGCACAACCCUAACCUGAAGCCCUGGAUUUAUCCGGAGCAGAACACCUUAGCGUGUAUUAACGUGUCUGACCUUGUACUACAGAGAGCCGACUCACUGGAGAACAUCGAUGAGAGCCGGCUAACGGAGGAGAAACAAGCACAACAUCACAGCGAUGACGAAGAGACCUAGGCUUACUCUGAGUGAAGACACUGUUUGUUUCUGAUUGUGUGGCUGUGUUUAAAAUGGCACCCUAUUCCCUAUAUAGUGUAUUACUUUUGUGCAGGGCCCAUUAGGCUCUGGUCAAAAGUAGUGCACUACUACCUAUAGGGCUCUGGUCAAAAGUGUUGCAC